AUGUCGCAAAAUAUGGACUCCUCAUCCAAGGAGAAGAAAUCCGUCCAAUCUCGCGAAGAUGAAGAAUCAGGCGUCGAAAACUUACAAGGUCAAACGAUGAUCAACCAUGAACCAGGCAACCCUCACCAGACGCUGCGGCGAGAAUUCAAACCUCGUCAAGUUAACAUGCUGGCCAUUGCCGGCGCCAUAGGCACCGGUUUGAUCAUAGGGACCGGCACCGGCUUAUCUCGAGGCGGCCCGGCCAGCCUGCUAAUCGCCUUCAUAAUCACCGGUUCCCUCAUCUACUUCGUCAUGACCGCCCUUGGCGAGAUGGCCGCCUUUCUACCCAACGACCAGGGGUUCAACGGAUAUGCCAGCCGCUAUGUCGAUCCUGCUCUGGGUUUUGCCACAGGAUGGAACUACUUCUUCACAUAUGCCAUCGUCUUGCCCAACAAUCUGACUGCAGCCGGUCUCAUUAUUCAAUAUUGGCGUCCGGAUCUCAACGUUGCAAUUUGGGUGACGGUGUUUGCUGUCCUAGUGAUAAGUAUAAAUGUACUUCACGUCGGCAGCUUUGGUGAGGCGGAAUUCGUGCUUUCAACCAUCAAGAUCAUAACUCUCGUCACCGUUAUGAUCACCUGCCUGGUUGUAUCUCUCGGCGGCGCCCCUGCCCAUGGCCGAGUCGGCUUUCAAUACUGGAAAGACCCAGGAGCCUUUGCCGAAUACCUGCAGCCCGGAACCCUCGGCCGCUUCCUGGGUUUCUGGGCCUGCAUGGUCCAGGCGUGCUUCUCGUACACGGGCACCGAAGUCGUGGGCUCUGCAUUCGGCGAGACGCCUAACCCGAGGGUCACAAUCCCCAGCGCCAUCAGGCAGACCCUCUGGCGCAUCUGCUUCUUCUACAUCAUCGGUGUCUUGACCCUCAGCAUGGCCGUCCCUUACAACAACGAAAGACUCGUCGGUGCCACCAAGGCCCAGGUCAGCGCGGCCGCGUCCCCCUACGUCAUCGCCAUGGCCAUCGGCGGCAUCAAGGUCCUUCCCGACAUCGUCAACGCCUGCCUUCUCGUGUUUGUCAUCUCGUCGGCCAACACCGACAUAUACGUCGGCGCCCGUACGCUCUACUCGCUGGCAAAGGACGGCCACGCCCCGGCCAUCUUUCUCUACACGACGGAGAGGGGAGUUCCCAUGUACGGCGUCGCCGCGACGUCGGUCUUUGUGCUCCUGGGAUACAUGAACGUCAGCAAAUCCGCGUCGAGUGUCUUUGGCUAUCUGGUCAGUCUCGUGACUGUUUUUGGCGCCCUCAACUGGAUCAGCGUCCUCACGUCCUACAUCGGGUUCCGCCGCGGGAUGAAAGCCCAGGGUAUCGAGCGAGACCAGCUGCCGUACCGUGGACCCUUGCAGCCCUAUGGCGCUUGGUAUGCUUUGGGAUUGACGAUCCUGAUCAUUUUGUUUAACGGGUACAACGCCUUUAUGCCGAAGUUCGACCCAGCCACCUUUGUAACUUGCUACAUCGGCAUUGCCGUCUACCUGAUCAACAUAUUCGGAUGGAAAUUCAUCAAAGGGACUAAGCGUGUCAAAGCGAAUGAGAUGGAUCUCGUCACUGGUCGCCGUGAGUUUGAAGUAGUCGAGGAGUUGGAGAGAACACGCGUGAGGCAACUUUCCAUACAGAACAACCAUUCACAACCGACCAUGGCGGUGUCACCGCUUCUGGCGCCGCCCGUCGAGGCCGCUUCGGCAACGCAGCAGCGCUCGACGUCGUCGCCGCUGAAGCGCACCCUCUCGGCCGUUUCCUCCGCGAAUGGUACACCCAAGCCCGCAAAGGCCGCGAAGCCCGGCGCAGGCCUACCCGCGGACGACCUGAUCGAGCAGAUGAACCGGGCUGAGGCGAACAAAUAUGUGACGACAAAAUUCCUCGGUGAGGGUACCUACGCCAUCGUCCACAAGGGCUACGAAAAGGCCAAGCCGUCCAACAUCGUCGCCAUCAAGAUGAUCAAGGUCCAAAAGGAGUACACGGACGGCAUGGCACCAGACGCUGUUCGAGAAUUGAAGCACCUCCAGGAGCUGUCCCACCCAAACAUCAUCGCCCUGCGCUCCGUCUACUCGUCCAACUCCCAAAACCUCUGCCUCGUCCUCGAGUACCUACCCCUCGGCGACCUGGAGAUGCUGAUCCGCGACGCCAGCGGCAUCAUAUACGGUGGCGCCGACAUCAAGGCCUGGAUGGGCAUGCUGACGCGCGCCGUGUGGUUCUGCCACGAGAACUUUGUCCUGCAUCGCGAUAUCAAGCCCAACAACUUGCUGAUCGCCGCCGACGGCGAGGUCAAGCUUGCCGAUUUCGGUCUGGCCCGCUCCUUCGCCGACCCCUACCGCGUCAUGACCGCCAACGUCAUCACGCGCUGGUACCGUCCUCCCGAGCUUCUGUACGGCGCGCGCCACUACUCUGGCGCCGUCGACGUCUGGUCCGUCGGCUGCGUGUUCGCCGAGCUGGUCCUGCGAAAGCCCUACCUGCCCGGAAACAACGAGCUGGACCAGCUGUCGCUCAUCUGUAGCGAGCUCGGCAGCCCGACCGAGGACAACUGGCCCGGCGUGUCCAAGCUGGACCAGUUCACCGCGCCCUCGGAGCCGCUGUCGCCCGUGCCGUCCAAGGAGCGCAUGAUGGUGCAGUUUGGCACCGCCGGCGCCGACGGCGUCGACCUGCUCAUGAAGACCCUCACCCUCGACCCUAGGAAAAGGAUCACGGCCAAGGAGAUGCUCAAGCACCCCUGGUGGCACUCGCAGCCCAAGCCAACGCGCAAGGAGGACCUGCCCAAGAAGAAGACGGGCGCCGAGCAAAAGUUCGCCGCCGACCAGGCGAGGCAGCCCGGUCAGGUCGACGAGAAGAUGGCCAAGGUUGCCCGCAAGUUGGAUUUUGGGGCUCCUAAAUAAAGUCAAAAAUGAGUCGAUAAACAAAUCAUGAACUGUUUUUGUAAUGCAGAUUUGUCGUUUUCUUUCAAUCAUACAGCGACAGGAGUUUUGUUUUCUUGGGUUUACUUGUCACAGAAAAAGGAAACGGAAAACAUGGCUGGGGUUAUUUUAAAGGAUAGGUAGACUCUAGGCGUUCAUGGCUC